AUGGGGAAACUCAUGAAGGCUUUUGGUAAGGGCACUUCUGCUGCUUGUGUUGAAGAUUGUGAAGAUUCAGAUGGGGAUCCUUUUGUCCCCAAUGAUUUUGUCGAGGAUGAUCCUUUUCAAGCUUCGGAGGAAAGUCAUAUGGAUGAUCCUGAUUUGGAGAAAGCUUUGUAUGAGUUCUACGUGUCUCAUAAAGUGAAUUGCUUAAAACGGAAGAUUACAAAUGCUGGAGCUCGCAAUGUGAAGCGCAAGAGGUCUUCUGAUUUUCCUGUAGCCAUUACAUUCACUAGAUACUCUGGCAAGUUGUUCUCCACCGUUAUUGAGAUUCAGUUUAGGAAGAAGUUUAUUCCGAUUCCCAAAUAUGUCAAACAUGACAUCUUAGAUCUUCCUAUUGAUGGUGAGCCCAUUAUGUCCGAUGCUGAGGCUGGGCGUGGGUUUAUCUUGUCCCAUUUCAAUGUGACCAGCAUCCCAUCGGUUUCUUUCUUCUACAAUACACUCAAAUCUGAAGAAUUGCCUGAUGAAGACAUUUUCAUCUGCUUCAUGUGUAUUUCCUUGUCCACUUUCUUGUGUCCAAAUUCAAGCCUUUCUCCUAGUCCCAAAUAUCUCCAUAUUUUCAGAUAUUGUAGUUCUGUGAUGAACUAUGAUUUAUCUAGAUUGGUAUAUGAGAGUCUCCUUGGCAAUAUUAAGAAGUUUAAGGAUUCUAUGAAGGUUGCUUCUAUGAGAUCAAUGACAUUUGGCGGUUGUCACUACGCAUUCGCUGUCGAUUUUACAGUGUAA